AUGGCCGAUGGGUUUGCGCAAAUCUUCCCAUCAGCAAAGCCACCCGGCAGUCACCAUCAUUUCCCGAACACUCAGCUUUGGAAACAGGAAGCGUGCAAGGCUAAUGACCCGGAGCUGGCGAUGCCGUCGCCUUACAGUGGCUUUGGCUGUGUGCCCAGCCGCAACGCCCAACAGCACGAGUUCCGUCUUUACGUCGUCCUGCAGGAGGGCUGUGCUGCGCCGCGACAGGCUUUGAAAAGGUUUGGACCCACGGCGUUACGGGCGGGCGGGCAGGCAGGCCGCGGCCGUCGACAACCGACUCUACGGCGUACGGAGAGGUAG